AUGUUACGAAGAGCUUUAUUUAGAACGCUGACUCAGCGUCCAAGAAAUUCAUUUAUACGAACUAAAGAUAAGUUUGGUGAUAUCAAGAGACAAAUACACUGCGGAGUUUGCUUAAGGAAUCCUAGAUAUACAUCGAAGGUAAACAGUACCUCACCAGGUAUAGCCAGCAAAUACCAAGUGAUUACAGAUACAAACUCACCUGUUAUUGAGAACACUGCUGACGAAGAGACAAUCCCCAUAAACAAAUAUCCUAUUCUCAGUGAUGAAUUUGAUGGUAUCAACCUUGAAAGAGGCAUCAAUGGUGUAUUUGAAAUUGAGGACCUUGUGGAUUUACUACACAGAGAGAACUCAAAAGAUGUAUUCGUAGUCACCGUACCACAAGAUAUUCGCUAUGUUGAUUACAUUUGUAUAGUUAGUGGCCGAAGCAAGAGACAUAUUUUAGCCAUAGCUGAGUUUGUGAAAAGAGUUUAUAAAAAGAAGUGUUUAAAAUCUGACCCAAUACCUAGAAUAGAAGGCAAAGAAUCAGAUGAAUGGAUGGCACUGGAUUUGGGUAAUAUUGCAUUGCAUGUGUUCUCAGAAAAAACACGAAAACAAUAUGAUUUGGAGACGUUAUGGUCAGUUGGAGCAGAGUAUGAUGACCAAACUAAUAAGAGAAGUGAAGUAGUUGAUAUGUUUGAAAAUUAUAGUGAAUACUUAAAAGAUUUAAAACCUUUGUAA